AUGUCAGACACACUCCACAGUGUAAUUGAGUUCUUUUCCGUUGAACUAUGGCAAGAAGUUUUUGAUUAUUUCAAUUCAAAUGACUUAUGGUACUCAUUUCGUGAUUUAAAUAAAAGAAUUUAUGCAAUCAUUGAUCAGACAAUGCUACAUUUAAAUUUUCAAAAGCAAGGCAAUUAUGAUUAUUGUAUGAAAAAUAUUUUACCAUCAAUAAAUGCUGCUAAUAUCCGAUCAUUAAAAUUACAAAAAUCCAAUGAAAUAAAACAUUUUUUCUCUAUCUAUUCUCUUAAUUCAUUGAUUCAACUUCGUUUACUAUCAUUAACUUUUAUGAAUUCUUUUAAUGAUAAUUCAUUUCAAUUCUGGAAUUAA